AUGUCACGGCGCGAUCGCGACGCACCUCCUCAUGCAGACGCAUCGUCUCUCUCUACACCAUCGAAUACGUCUCAGCGCCGCAGUGUUGCAGCACUGGGUUCUUCUUUGCCUUUAGCAUCCACAAGACGUGCCACGCCAGGGCAGGCGUCCGCGCCGGGGUCGUCUUCGAUUGUACGACGCACGCACAGCGCCCAAGGGCCCCUGGGCAGUUAUCGUUCACUUUCUCGCUCAAGGACAACUCCGGUACGUGAAGAGUCUCUUCUUGGAAAGCGGAGCUUUUCAUCUACGCAUCUCCAAGACUCGGAAUUUUCCACACCGCAAACGUCGUUGGCUAAACGACCGCUCGUUUCAUCGGCCCUUGCUACGGCACCACGUGCCACAGAUGGCUCAACCGGGAGUGCUGAACCAUGGAACACACCGUUAGCGCGUCAUCGUUCAGGGAAGUCCGACAAUCUUUUGACUUCUUCGCCGACAUUGGAUCAUGCUUACGAGCUACAAAUGCUACGCACUGAGUAUGAUCGGCGUAUCCAAACAGAACAGCGUGCAUAUCAAACACUUGAGACGCAGCUCCGCUCACAGUCGCGCGAACUUGACGCACUCAAAUGCCAGCGAGUUGAAGUACUUCGAGAAUGGGAAACAGAGCGAGCUUUGCAGCAGGAGAGGCAGAAGGAUUGGGAGAAGGCAAAAGCAAAUCUGGAAGAGCAGCUUACUUCUUUGCGCACAGAAACUUUGAAUCUUCGUUCCAUUAACGAAGAACUGAGAGCCCAGUGCCAAGCCUCAGCAUCCGAUGCACGCGCCGACGUCACAUCGUGUCAAUCACAACUCGUGCACUUGCAGGCGGAAUACGAGCUUGCACGCACAGAGAAUGCGACUUUAUCACACAAGAACGAAGCAUUGAAUGCACGAAUUGAAGAAAUCGAGUCCGCAGCAUCGCCUCACCGUCGCGCUGAAUCUGAUGCAGACGAUGUAGCAUUAUACAAGGACCAGCUCAGCCAACACAUCACAGCUGUUCAUCGUCUUGAAGCGGCUAACAUGCGACUUAAGGCUGAAAAUACGCGCCUGCUGGAAGUUAGUGCACGCGUAGAUGUGCUUCACGAAACGAACAAGGGCCUUGAAAGCAAGUUGAACCGCAUGGAUGCUCUGCAAGCGGCGCUGUUAAAGAAGGACAACGAGCUGCCCUCGAUUCACGAAGAGCAGCAACGCUGGAUUUCCGUCCUUAGCAAAGGCGUAGCGACUGAUGAGCAAGCAGCGUUUGUGGCUGCUGCUCAAGCGAGCGAUCAAGUGCCUCAGCUAGGCGUGCCUGACACACUCACACCAGAAACUCUACCGGCCUACAUCUCAACACUCAGAGGCACCAUAAUGGGACUGACUGCUCGGAUUGAGGGGCUUAAGCUAUCAGCGGAACAACUGCGCACCACGAAUGUCGAGCUGAGUCGACGCGCAGCGCAGGACUCUGAGACUGAGAUCAGCUUACGGAGGGAAUUAGAGCAUACGUCCGAGCUAUUGCUGCGCACACAGCGGCGAGCUGAUAUCGAGAGCGAUGAUCUGCAUCGCUGUAAGGCAGUACUUGCAUCUUUUGAGCAAGAGGCGCAGCAGGGUCACGCGUCCUAUGAAUCGACGCAUCAGCUCCGCAUCUCUGGUCUCGAAGAGCGCAUCACUUCUCUUCAAGCAGAGUGCGAGAGUCUCAGGCAAAAACUACGCGAUACAAACACGAUCAAAACGGAGGUGCCGGCUCCCGACACUGUGUCCAAAGAAACCCAGCACAUGCUGGAGACAUGGGAGACACAGUAUCGUGAUCUAGAAAAGCAUGCUCAAUCGCUCGAAUCUGAAAACGAAACGCUUUGGAUGCGCGUUGGACGUGGCGAGUACAAUGUAGCGAAUGAACGCUGCUUGGUGCUUGCCGACAACCCAGUGUCUCGCGACUUGGCUGUUCGAACUUCAGCGCUGGAAGCCCUCAGGAAAGAGAACCAAGGGUUGUUAAACCAAGUGGAGUCUCUUCACAAGGAACUCGCAAUGGCCGGCACUACAGCAAAGCUAAGUGAGCUUGCGCCUACUGAUGCCCUCGUACCGCUCCAGACCGUCGAAAAUUUGCGCACUGAGCUUGCCCAAAUGCAGGAGUCAUUGCAGCUGAAAGACAAGGGUAUGCUUCGACUAAAGCAGGUUUUCACGGCAAAAGCAAAUGAGUUCCGUGAGGCUGUACAGUCCUUGUUCGGCUACAAAGUCCGGUUCAUGGAAAAUGGCAAGGUCAAAUUAACAUCGGCGUAUGCAGGCGGAGCUCGUGGUACUACGCUCGUUUUUCGGUCUGAAGAGGGUAAUGUUGGUGAGAUGAAGCUCCAGGGCGAGGCUAAUGAUGGGCUUGCAAAUGUGUCACACCUGCGUGACUACUGGCUCAGCGAUGGAAUCCGACAUAGUGUGCCAUGUUUUCUGGCCGCUCUCAACUUGGAGUUGUACGAAAACACCACGCAAGCCAUCCGUGGCUCGUUCGGCAGCGCUGAUGUGGAGGCAUAA